AUGGAAGCCAACGCGGGAUCUUCAAGAUGCACAGAAUCGUCUGAUUGGCACAAAGAAGGUCGCUCCUUGAUCGACGCUUGUGACCGCAAUAACACUUCUGUCGGAUGUCCGUUACGGUGUGGACUUGCAGAGAGUUUCCGGUGGACGCCAGAACUGACCGACGACUCACCCGUGAACAACUCGGUAGUAAAGAUGGACUCACCACCAGUGCCACCUGUUCUCACGACUGAGGAUACAGACGACCAAACGGACACGCUCAAAUACCUGCAGCAACACAUUUCCAUGAUCGAAGCUUUGGACUUGGCCGUGGAUCACAGGGUCGCUACGACUGUCGGGCUACAGUCACGGCCGCUGCGAGAAAAUGCAGUAAUUUUCCGGUCUUCAGCAGAGCCGAGCAUUCACUCGCCCGUGUACGGAUCAGUGAAGUCUGUUCCACCGGUGCAGGCAACUGAAAUUCAGCCAAAUCCUGUACGGUAUCCUGAUCGUCGCAGAUCAUUAUGGAAGAGGUCGACAAGAUUCAUGAGGAAAUCCAUGGUCAACGCUGCACGCAGAAUUUGCUUCUGCCAGAGUUUUGUUGACCUGGAAUGA